AUGCGAAAGAAAGUGUGUAGUAGAGUAAUGAGUGUAGCAACAGCAAGGUGGUUGGUGGGACCCACACCAUUUCCUCUUGUUGUUUCCUGUCCAUACAAGAAUGCAGUAAUGAAACCCUUCCACUCCUCCGUUGACGUGAGAAUGUCCGGCGAGCAUCCCUCGGUAGAAAUCACGGGAGGCGCACGUGAGCGUUUCCUCCCAUCUGUGACUCAACUGAGUCGCCCAUACAAACCUUUCCCCUUGGUCGCAUGGAACUGCCACGUGGAAACAAUCUUCGCCGCGUUUUUCCGAACGACCCCAGACGUGAAGCUCCGGCGCGAGUGCCUGAGAACUGAUGACGAUGGAUCCGUGGCUCUCGAUUGGGUUUCUGGUGAUGAGCGACGGUUGCCUCGAGACGCUCCUCUUGUGAUUUUGCUGCCAGGCUUAACUGGAGGUAGUGAGGAUUCUUAUGUUAGACACAUGUUAGUUAGAGCGGCAACUAAAGCCUGGCGUGUUGUUGUCUUCAAUAGUCGUGGAUGUGGAGAUAGCCCCGUCACUACUCCUCAGUUCUAUUCAGCUUCCUUUUUAGGAGAUAUGCGCCAAGUUGUUUCCCAUGUCUCUGCUAGAUACCCCGACGCUAAUUUAUAUGCAGUUGGUUGGUCACUUGGUGCAAAUAUUCUUGUUCGUUACUUGGGUCACCAAUCACACAAUUCUCCUCUUUCUGGCGCUGUAUCUUUGUGCAAUCCAUUCAAUUUGGUUCUCUCAGAUCAAGACUUUCGAAAGGGCUUUAACAAAAUUUAUGACAAGGCUCUUUCUAAGGCUCUCCGCAACAUUUUUCACAAACAUGCUUUACUCUUUCAAGAUAUUGGGGGCCAAUAUAACAUUCCACUAGUUGCCAAUGCCAAGUCUGUUAGGGAAUUUGAUGACGGACUAACCCGUGUUUCUUUUGGAUUCAACUCUGUCGAUGAGUACUACUUUAAUUCAAGCAGUUCAGAUUCCAUUAAACAUGUUCAAACACCUUUGCUCUGCAUCCAGGCAGCCAAUGAUCCGAUUGCUCCUUCUAGGGGAAUUCCUCGUCAAGAUAUCAAGGAAAAUCCAAACUGCUUGUUAGUAGUGACAUCUAAAGGUGGUCACCUGGGAUGGGUUGCUGGCGAUGAAGCUCCACUUGGAGCCCCUUGGACUGAUCCUUUGGUGAUUGAUUUCCUUCAAUAUCUGGAGACAGAAGCAGCCAAAGCCCCACAAACUGGUAGCGAUCCAGGAGAUAAUAAACAGACUUUGCAUCACCUUCAAGUGUAG